UCUACUACUCUUUCUAUUACCAAAUCAUCGAAACGCAGGUGCUCGCGGACUCGCGAAGUAGGCUCAUUACAUUUCAUUGAACUGCGUGCCCCCCGAACGAACAGAAAGAUACCGAAAGAGAGAAAGAUCAUCAUCAUCAUCGUACGGACAGAAGCUGCGGAAUAAAAAAGUAAAAAAGUGCAAGUGAAAUCUUGAGAGAAUCGUUACCCUGAAAUCGGUGCGGAGGGAAAAACAUCUCAGCAGCACGCAUCGAAUCGACAAUAGUUGCGGGCAAAAACGGUGGCUGCGAAGCCACAGUGAAAAGCGAAGAUCAAGAGCUUCUGUAUUGAAAAGAUUUAAUCAACAAUGUCCAGCCAACCGAAGAUGGCCUCGGAGGUGGGAGCUGCCGAGCAGUACGAAAUGGAGCAACUGGCCGAGGCGGAAACUCAGCGGCUGCAGAAGCUUCUACGCACGCUAGAAAUCGAGCGAGCAUCGUUCUUGGACGCGAAAAACAAGUCCUUACGCAAGUAUCGUGCCAAUGUGCGUCUGCUGGAGAAGGAGAAACAACAGCUGCAACUGCAGCUGGACUGCGAAGAGAACGGUGUCCAUUCGAAACGAGAAACCGAAUUGGAGUCGGUGCUUGAAACGAGCUACGAGAAGCAGAAACAAAUGAAUCAAGCUUUGAAGGCGAAAAAGGGAGCACUUCGAGAGAUAGAGGGGCAUAUUAAGAAAAUUCACCGAGAGAUAGCGGAGAUCCGGAAAAGCGAGGUGACCGAUGUGCGAUACAAUGAGACAAUUGCGAAGGCUCAACAUUCGGUUAAGAAACUGGAAAAUCGGCUGGAUGUGGUUAACAAAAAGGCAGGAGUGGCGAUGGCUGAGAACUCUCAACUGAGGCAGACGAUUGAUCACAUGUUGACAGAGAGAGCCACCUUUAACAUUAUGUGGGACAAGUUGGUCAAUAAACUGAACGAAGGCAAACGCUACAUGAUGGAACUUAUCGAUCAGGCUUCAUCGGCUUAUGACACAAGAGAGGAACUUUGCACAAAGCUGCAGAUUUUGAAGGACAAAGGACAGAGCGAAAAGAUGGCGCACGUGCAAGAGAUGCGCGAGUUGCAGCGUAAACUCGAUCACGAUGCUAAGCUGCAGGAGUUUCUGGGGAUUAAAGGACAGUGUCGGUCGAACGCGGAGCUGGAAGAACGCGAGGAACAGAAAAGGCAGAAAAUGCUGGAGAAUCUGGAGAAGCAGUAUGCUGAGUAUGAGCAGAUUAUGACGCGCAUUAUGUCCUUCUCCGGAGAGGACGACAUCGAUCGGCUGGUGGCGAAGUUCAUCAAAAAAGAAGAAGAGAACUUUGCACUUUUCAACUACGUGAACGAGCUUAGCCACGAGGUGGAGACACUAACGGAGAGCGUGCAGGUGUUGCAGGAUAAAAUUACUGAACAAAUUGCCAUCAAUGAGUCCAAGGAGCACUCGCAGGACGACAACAUCGAUGCACUGCGCCAGGAGGAGCAGGAUAGUAAAGAAGCGGCGGACGCCGCUUUGGAAAUCAAGCAAGUAUGGGCCGUCAAGCUGGAUGAAUUGCUGCGAACAGCCGAAAGGAUCUACAAAUUACUCCACUGUGACGAAGCACCGAUCCUGAACCUGCUGAACACCGAACGCCAGGUGACGCUAAACAAUGCCAAACUCUUCCUCGGCAUCAUCGAGCGCCGGGUGGCCAAUAUGAUCAGCAAUGUCAACUAUGUGGAACCGACCAGCAAAAUCCUGGGCCGGAAGGAUCGGGUGCCCAACUUCAACGUCAAAGAUUCGGCCAAAAUUCGGAUCGAAGAGACUAAUCGAGAUUUAGGACAUUGAAGAAAUUCUAUUUGCUCUAUAUAAAUAGUUGAAGAAACAUCUGGAGACGAUAAGAAACAGUCGUCGGUAUUAAACUAUUGAAUAUCAUUAUUAACCGCAAUUAUAGCUAUACAAACAUUUAUUUUCAGAGUUUCAUGGAAGUUUUUUCGACCCUGUUUCAGCAGCUUAGCUUUGUUCCCCUUAGAGCACCUUAAGUACCUCAAAAAAGGCUAAACCCUAAACAGUUUUUUAAAUAUUGGAGCAAAAGCAAUGUCUCAUAUGCUCGUAAAU